AUGCGAAUUGCAAAGGCGAAACCGCCACACAUCCACAGCUCCUCAAGCAAGACUCAAAACCACAGUGGUUCAGGCCUGCCGCACCGAUCAGGCGAUUUCUUAUGCAUGCAUCCAUACCGGUAUUGGCGAGCGCUGUAG